GAGAGAAACAUGUAUCGUUUCCGCUCGCAGCUCUUCACGGGGAUUUCUGCUGCCGCCGCCGCCCGCUCUCACCCCCGCCGCGCCUCGCCUCUGUUGAUAGCCGAAGACUCGCCUCUCAGCCGCCCGCCGCACAGACGCACGAGUAGAAAGUGCAGCUCCAUCGGCUGAUCCUCGCUAAGCUUGGAGUUUAGGCGGCACCGGGCGUCCCACGAUGCCGAAGAAUAAGAAGCGGAACACUCCCCACCGCGGUGGUGGCGGCAGCGGAGGUGGCGGUGGUAGCUCUGGGGCGGCAGCGACGACGGCAGGUGGCCAGCAUCGAAAUGUUCAACCUUUUAGUGAUGAAGAUGCAUCAAUUGAAACAAUGAGCCAUUGCAGUGGUUACAGUGAUCCUUCCAGUUUUGCUGAAGAUGGGCCAGAAGUCCUUGAUGAGGAAGGAACUCAAGAAGACUUAGAGUACAAGUUGAAGGGAUUAAUGGACUUAACCCUGGAUAAGAGUGCGAAGACAAGGCAGGCAGCUCUUGAAGGAAUUAAAAAUGCAUUGGCUUCAAAAAUGUUUUAUGAGUUUAUUCUGGAAAGAAGAAUGACUUUGACUGAUAGUAUUGAACGCUGUCUGAAAAAAGGGAAGAGUGAUGAACAGCGAGCUGCUGCGGCAUUGGCAUCUGUACUUUGUAUUCAGUUGGGCCCUGGGAUUGAAAGUGAAGAGAUUUUAAAAACUCUGGGACCAGUCCUAAAGAAAAUCAUUUGUGAUGGGACAGCCAGUAUUCAGGCCAGGCAAACUUGUGCAGCUUGCUUUGGUGUUUGCUGUUUUAUUGCCACAGAUGACAUUACUGAGCUUUAUUCAACUCUGGAGUGUUUGGAAAAUAUCUUUUCUAAGUCCUAUCUCAAAGAGAAAGACACUAAUAUCACUUGCAGCACCUCUAACACAGUGCUUCAUAUCAGCUCCCUUCUUGCAUGGACAUUAUUGCUGACCAUCUGCCCAAUCAAUGAAGUGAAGAAAAAGCUGGAGACGCAUUUCCAUAAACUUCCAAGCCUCCUUUCCUGUGAUGAUGUAAACAUGAGGAUAGCUGCUGGGGAAUCUUUGGCACUAUUGUUUGAACUGGCCAGAGGAAUGGAGAGUGACUUUUUUUAUGAAGACAUGGAAUCUUUGACCCAGAUGCUCAGAGCUCUGGCUACAGAUGGAAAUAAGCACCGGGCCAAAGUAGACAAGAGAAAGCAGCGGUCGGUUUUUAGAGAUGUCCUGAGGGCUGUGGAGGAAAGGGAUUUCCCAACAGAAACUGUUAAAUUUGGUCCAGAACGCAUGUAUAUUGAUUGCUGGGUCAAAAAACACACCUAUGACACCUUUAAGGAGGUUCUUGGAUCAGGGAUGCAGUACCACUUGCAGUCAAAUGAAUUCCUUCGCAAUGUGUUUGAACUUGGACCCCCAGUGAUGCUUGAUGCUGCAGCACUUAAAACAAUGAAGAUCUCUCGCUUUGAAAGGCAUUUAUAUAACUCUGCAGCUUUCAAAGCUCGAACAAAAGCUCGAAGCAAAUGCCGAGAUAAGAGAGCAGAUGUUGGAGAAUUCUUCUAGAUUUUCAGCAUUUGAUUACUAUUUUCUAAUUUCUUUAUUAUUAUUUUUGCUAUUUCUAAUGUAUAUAAGCCUUAGAGACGGUUUUUAUCUUGGUCAGCUUAAUCUUUUUAGUAAGGGUGGGUUAUAUUAUAAUUUAAUGUACAGUAUUAAAAAUGAUGAGUUCUGAUUAUUGGAUAUUCUCUGUAAAUCAGUAAACAUGAGUAAAAUGUU